CUUGAAGUGGUUGUUGUCAGUUUUCUUCAAUUUUCCAAUAGAGUACAAUUUUAUAAAUGAAUAUUACGUAUUUUAUGCACGCUUUAACUACUAUGGGAUAUAAUAUGUAAUGAAUGCGGUGAGCUCAGGCGUUCUACUCACCCCAGACACACAUACACACUCAUAAAAAAGCGAACACUUUUGAAUUUAAACAAAAAAUCAUAUGAAAACAGGAGAAUGUACGGUGAAUGUACGUGAAUGGUUGCGAAGGCAGCCAGAGACAUCAACAGCCAGGAGAUCAAUAAAUCAAAAGAAUAAAAUAAUUGAAACUGAAAGCAAAAACUUCGGUGUACUAAACUAGCUGAAGUCGGAAACGAAGAGAAAUAAUAAACUGACUUGAAAAUCAAAGUGAACAAAAAAAAAAGCACACGAACAAACGAAAGUAGUGUGAGAGAAAAGAAAAGUGCACAGUGCUGAACAAUUUAAACGAAUCGAACACAACAUACCGACCGGAAGAGAAAUAUACACGAUCUCCAUCAGCAGUUCUUUUUUACUUCGAUUUUCUCGUCUCAAUGCAAUGCGAAGUGCAGGUCUUUUAAGCUGCAAUCGUAUUUGAAUUAUUGAUAAAACGUGUAGAGUACCAUUGGAACGAACAGGAAAAAAGGACAUCGCAACGAUGACGAAUAUUAUGAUCAUUUAUUUUUUAACGACAUGUUGUAUUCUAAAAGAAGCAUUUAGUUUGGAAUUAACGAAAAUCGUAAUACCAACGUACAAAUUUCAUGGUGAGGCAGCGUUACUUGAAUGCCAAUACGAGCUGAGGCACAACAAUCGAAAUUAUCACAACCGUUUCAAUAACAAUAGAGAUUAUGGCGGUCACAGAUCAAUACAUGCAUCAAUAUCAGACGAUAACAAUGGAUUUGAUCACAUUCGAGAUGACGACGGAAACACUAACACCGGCACUGUGUCUGACGAGGAAACUCUUUAUUCGGUUAAAUGGUACAAAGAUAAUGAGGAAUUUUAUCGAUACGUACCAAAGGCCAAUCCACCACAACAAAGCUAUCGAGUGGAUGGCGUACGCGUUGAUCCAACCAUUAUGAAAUAUCCUAGCCGAAUAUUCAGUUAG